CAGUGUUUUAAUGGCCAAAAGAGUCCCUCUGAGACAAAACCCUUCUCAUGGGCUCUGGCUCUCUCUGCCUCUUUCUCACACACACUAACCGUUCACGCUGAGCUUUUGGGUUUUUCAUAGCCUGUGUGAACUCCCAACACUUGCGUUCUCAACUCUGAUGUUUCCACUGCAGCUCGACGGUGAGUUUUUCAGAGCGCUGUCAGAGCCCAGGCCCACAUGGGCUGAAUUACUCCUCGUCGUCUUCGUUUGAAGAACAUGGACACUUUAUUUUCUCUGUUGUUCAUCAUGUUGUAAUGGAACAGCACGGACACUCUCGAUACUCAAAUCAAAACUCAACACACCUGAGUGAAUGAACGCCUCGUGACUGUCUGCUGGCUCAAUGAUUUCUCCAAUGGACAUCAUUCUCAACCUGAUAACACCAGACUCCUCGCCAUCCACCUCCCCCACCAACACCAUCGAGAGGCUGGAGGGCGGUCUGGCAUCAGUGUGCAGGGCUGAUGGUUCGCUGCUGGGCUCGGAGGACGCCGGGCUGGACCCCCAGCGCACACGGCAGGCCAUCGCACAGCUGCAGCAGAAGAUCCUGAAGCUCACGGAGCAGCUGCGCAUCGAGCAGGUGGCCCGCGAUGAGAAUGUGGCCGAGUACCUCAAACUGGCCAGCAAUGCCAGCGACAAACAGCAGAGCUCCCGCAUCAAACAG